UGGAAACUUUACGUGGGCAGGCCUAUGGAGCACGACAGUAUAAGAAAGUUGGCACUAUUACUUGUGCUGCCAUUAUAUUUCUUUUAUUCGCGUGCGUGCCAGUGUCUCUUCUAUGGAUCUUCACUGGCAAAUUGCUUUUAUGGAUUUGGACAAGACCCUUCAAUCUCUAUAGAAGCUGGAAAAUACUCGAUUUGUCUCAUCUUAACUCUCUUUCCCUAUGCAAUUCUUCAGUCACUUGUUUGUUACUUCUAGACUCAGAGUUUGUUCAUUCCAAUGGUAUGGACCUCAGUAGCGUCUCUGUGCUUUAACAUACCUCUCAGUUGGGCUUUAAUAUUCAAAUUUGAGUUAGGGGGCAAUGGAGCUGCUAUGGCGAUUGGUUCAUCAUAUUGGUUGAACGUGAUUUACUUAAAGUAUUCGACAGCAUGUCAAAAGACACGUCCCUAUUUCUCAAAGGAUGUUUUCCUUCUUUUGCCAGAAUUCUUCCAAUUUGCUAUUCCAUCUGCUGGAAUGGUUUGUUUGAGAUGGUGGGCAGUUGAGCUUAUUAUAUUGCUCUGUGGUUUGCUGCCAAAUCCACAGCUAGAGACUUCUGUCCUAUCUAUUUGCCUUACAACCUCUCAAAUACAUUUCCAUUUUCCCUUUUCUUUUGGUGCUGCUGCAAGCACUCGGAUUUCAAACGAAUUAGGAGCUGGAAAUCCAAAAGCAGCUAGAGUUUCGAUAUUUGCAGUCUUCACUCUAGCUACUUCAGAAUUCCUGAUAGCAAGUGCAAUUCUUUUUAGCUGCCGUAGUGUAUGGGGAUAUGCUUUCACAAAUGAAAAAGAAGUCAUCACUCUUAUCACAGCACUGACUCCUCUUCUCUGCCUUUCCAUCGUCCUGGAUAGCAUACAAAUAGUAUUAUCAGGAGUAGCAACAGGAAGUGGAUGGCAACAUAUAGGAGCCUAUGUUAAUUUAGGAUCAUAUUACUUGGUUGGAAUUUCUGCUUCUUUAUUGAUGGGAUUCUCUUUGAAUUGGAAAGAGAAAGGCCUUUGGAGUGGAUUACUCAUAGGAUCCACAGUGCAAACAAUUCUGCUUUCAUUUAUCACUGCUUUCACAGAUUGGGAAAAACAGGCUAAGGAAGUAAGAGAAAGGUUGUUUGAUGGAAAACUUCCAGCAGAAUAUUGAAUGGCUCAAAUGAUGCACAUGUCACACGUAGGGGUGUUCAUAAAUCCGAAAAAUCGAACCAAACCGAAAAUCAAAUCAAAUCGACCAAA